AUGUCAUCAAACGAAAAGACCUUGCUUAGUGGUGACAGAUUUAUCCCAACCUCAUCAUCCAUGCUGGCUUACAAGGUGUGGUCAGACAGAGAGUCAAGGGCUUCAGUUAUACAGUCCAACAACAAUGAAUUUAACUUUUCCAUUCGUGAUGAUUCAUUUGUAUCAACGGUAAUGCAAUCACCGACAAACAUGUCCCCGUCACCAAGGUCAACCACUAGUUCAAGCCAGUUGAGCUCAACUGGCAACUCAAGCUGUCCAGGAACCAGUUUGAUCCCAAAUGAUCUUCACCAGGAAGUGGUUGCAGAGGCAUUGAACUUCAACUGUUGCUCAAAAGUGUUUAAGUUCAACAAUGCAUAUACCCACCAGCCACAGAAAGGUCCCACCAUCCAUCAAACUGACCCCAUCGACAAAAUCAUCAGCAGGUCUGCAUCAAAAAAGCAAAAAGUCAAGGUUAAAUCAAUAAUGGCUUCGGAUAUCUUGCAGGCACCUGGAUUGAGAAAUGAUUAUUAUUCGAAUUUGAUAAGUUGGUCAACAAAGACAAAUAGAGUAAUUGUGGGCUUGGCAUCCAGAAUGUACAUGUGGGGCGCAGAUAGUCAUGUUGUUCAAAUCAAUUAUGAAAAUGAUAAUUUAAUUACUGCAGUUAGUUGCUCACAAGAGUAUUGGAUCUUGGUGGCUACGGCAAAUGGCAAGAUCCUCUUGAUUGAUCAAAAGGAAAAAGUUAACCAAGUUGUUGGCGAAUUCAAUACACCAGAAAAUAAAUGUAUCUUUUGUUUUACUUGGUUUAAUGACUCGGAACAUUUUUUGGCUGGAGAUGAUAGUGGUGAGGUAUACAUCAUGCAAAUCAAACUGUCAUCUAACCUCGAACUUGAAAUAAUCAAGACUUUUAGGGCUCAUCAACAACAAAUUUGUGGAAUCGCCCUCAACUCCACCAAUGAUGAAGUCGCGGUGGGUGCAAAUGACAAUUGUUGCUCGCUUUGGAGUUUACCCGAUUUCCAGUCACCACGAUUGAAAUUUGUGCUACCACACAAGGCCGCUAUAAAAGCAUUAAGCUUUUGCCCUUGGACGGCAUCUCUAUUGGCUACUGGUGGAGGUAGCAAAGAUCGUAAGAUUCGAUUUUGGCACACUACUAGCGGGACUUUGUUGAAGGAGUUUUACACUGAUGGUCAGAUUACGUCAUUGAUUUGGUCGAGAUACAAGAAAGAGAUUGUGGCUACAUUUGGGUUUGGUGGGUCAACAAAGUCAAAUCUUAUGAGAGUUUACACAUAUCCGGAGAUGUGUCCAGUGUUGGAAGUGAAUGCCACCAGCAAUUUACGUAUUCUCAGUGCCACAACCAGUCCCGACUUUUGUUCUGUUUGUGUAGCCACUAAUGAUUCAACAAUAAGAAUAUAUCACUUAUGGAACAGAGCAGUGGAAAUCACUCCAGCAUCAAAUUCGAGAAUCAUAGGAGCUUACGGAAGCAAUAUUAUUGAACUAGCAGAAGGUAUCAGCAUGGACUGUAUAGGUAUAAGAUGA